GAAGUACAUCCACUCGUGUUUUACACAAAUCGCGGUCCGAUUCGGUUCAACGUGUGGGACACCGCCGGUCAGGAGAAGUUCGGCGGCUUAAGGGAUGGCUAUUAUAUUCAGGGCCAGUGCGCUAUCGUAAUGUUUGACGUGACCUCUCGGGUGACGUACAAGAAUGUGCCGAAUUGGCACAGGGAUCUGGUCCGGGUGUGCGAACACGUGCCCAUUGUUUUGUGCGGCAAUAAAGUGGACGUCAAGGAUAGGAAAGUGAAGGCAAAGGCUAUUGUGUUUCACCGCAAAAAGAAUCUACAGUACUACGACAUUAGCGCCAAAAGUAAUUACAACUUCGAGAAGCCGUUCCUAUGGUUGGCCCGAAAGCUGAUCGGAGACCCGAACCUGGAGUUAGUGGCGGAACCACUGUUAGCGCCGCCGGAGGUCCAGAUCACUGCCGAGUGGCAGAAGAAACUCGAGGCAAACCUGAUUGAGGCCGAGAGGGCACCGCUUCCUGACGAUGAGUUCGAUGAAGACCUUUAAUAACACAA